UUUCGUAACCCCCCCCCCCCCCCCCCCCCCUCUCUCUCUCAGUUCAUUACGAUUCAACUCUUCAAAUCUCGAUUCUUUUUUGUUCGCUGCACAUGAGAGAUUUGAAUUCGCAGCAUGAUCGUUAGAACGUACGGUCGUCGGAAUCGGAGCUUAGCAAGAGGCCAUUCGAGUUCCGGCGGCUGCGACGACGUCGCAUCGGACGUCUUCGGAGACUCUCUGUCCGAAGAAGCCCCUCAAGAUAUCUACAGUUUCGGGUUUUCGUCCCAAGAUUCGUCUCACUGGUCCUUCGAUUCGGAGCCCUACGGCCCAAGUUCGUCCCAAGAUCGGCGUGAAUUGCCGUUUCUUCCCCCAAGGAAGCACGAUUUCGGCGGCGAUUUCGAGGACGGAGAUGGGGCUUAUCGGAAACCUAAGAAGGGCAGGAACGGGAAGGGGGGGUUAGAUGUGUCCAAGAAGGUGAAAUCAAAAGGGGGGAAAUCGGUGUCGGUGUCGGUGACGGCGACGUUAAUGGAGACUCAGGAGUUUGGGGAGAUGAUGGAGCACGUGGAUGAGGUGAAUUUUGCGUUGGAUGGGUUGAGGAAAGGUCAGCCGGUUCGGAUUCGACGGGCUAGUUUGUUGUCUUUGUUGUCGAUUUGUGGUGCGGCGCAGCAGCGGCGGCUUCUAAGAAGUCAUGGGAUGGCAAAAACAAUUAUAGAUGCUGUUUUGGGACUUACAUUUGAAGAUUCACCUAGUAAUUUGGCUGCUGCGGCUCUCUUUUAUGUUUUGACUAGUGAGGGUCAAGAUGAUCAUGUUUUGGAUUCUUCAAGUUCCAUCCGCUUUCUAAUUAAAUUGUUGAAACCACUCACCUCUAAUAUCAAUAAAGAGAAGGCAUCAACUAUCAGCUCUAAGCUUCUAGCAUUUCGUAAGGAUGAUGUUGUACAAGAUAUGAAUAAAGGAAUAGAUUCCACCUCAGCUGCAAUUAUGACCAAAGUUCAGGAAAUUCUUGUGAAUUUUAAGGACAUGAAGUCAGGUGAUAUAACUGAAGAUGCACCCAGGAGGCCAGAGUUGACCCCAAAGUGGAUAGCUUUGUUGACGAUGGAGAAAGCUUGCUUAUCUACCAUUUCUCUUGAAGACACCUCUGGUACUGUAAGGAAGACAGGAGGCAACUUCAAGGAAAAGUUACGGGAGCUUGGAGGUCUUGAUGCAGUUUUUGGCGUCAUCCGGAGUUGUCAUUCCGUUGUGGAGAAAUGGUUGCAACAAAGUUCCUUCUUAAUUCAGGAGUCAAAAGAGGGUGUGAAUCUAGAAAGUCUGGUGCUGUUAUUAAAAUGUUUGAAAAUCAUGGAAAAUGCUACAUUCCUUAGUAAGGACAAUCAGGAUCAUUUACUCCAAAUGAAAGGGAGCUUUGAUCAUCAGGGUACUCCCCGUUCAUUCACAAAAGUCAUUAUAAGUGUCAUCAAGAUUCUCUCAGGUCUAUCUUUAUCUAAAAGUUCUUCAGGUAAUUUGGAGGAUGAAAAGUUUUGUCAUGUUUCUAAUGGGACUGAUCAUGCCUCUGACUUGCCUUCAUCAACUGGCCAUACAGUGGACAGAGAUGGGAUUAUAUCCAUCAGUUCGUCCGUUAGGUGCCAGAGUACAGAGGGGACCUCUUCUCUGAAGAGCUUCAGCAUAUCCCAGAAUAGUCAAUGGUUGUCUGCUGCCAGCCGUUCAGCAAUUUCUAAGUCAACUUCUGAAAAUUCCUCUGCAGCUGCAUCUGAUACUUGCCUUUUGAAGAUGAGAGUCAAUUCUUCUGCUUCAAGCUCAAGUAGUGGAGUGCCAAGGAAUUCAUGCAGUGGAACACCUGGCAAUGGCAAUGUUUCAACAUUGAACUCUGGCCUUGGAAAGAUGUUGAGAGUUGUUGAAGAACCCAACAUUGAAUUUCUUGAAGACAGUCAGGAUCCUUUUGCAUUUCAUGAAGAUGAAUUUGAGCCCUCCAAGUGGGACUUGCUAUCUGGGAGAAAGAGAAUUUCUAGGCACAGAGGUGCAAGAUAUGAAGAACAUGAAGAUGGGUAUCAAUCUAAGUCGAUUCUGAGCCAAGAAGAGUCAAGUAAUUUGGGAAAUCAGCAUUCUGAUGCCCCUUGUUCAUCCUCUCUUGAUGAAGAAAAAUCCAAUCUUCUAUCAGACUGUCUGCUUACAGCUGUUAAGGUACUUAUGAACUUAACAAAUGAUAACCCUGUGGGCUGUCAGCAAAUUGCUGCCUGCGGAGGACUGGAGACCUUGUCUUCUUUGAUUGCUGGCCACUUUCCAUCAUUCAAUUCCUCUUCACCUCCAAUCAGCCAGACGAGACUGGAUUCCUCACCAUCCAAGUCAAGCCUUGAGGUUGACCAUCAAAAUGAAAAUCAUCUGUCUGAUCAAGAAUUAGAUUUUCUUGUUUCUAUUCUGGGCUUGCUUGUCAACCUGGUAGAGAAAGAUAGUGACAAUAGAUCUCGGCUUGCAGCAGCAAAUGUCUCAUUGCCUAGUUUGGAAGGGCUAGAGGAGGGGAGGAUUCAAGAUGUUAUUCCAUUAUUAUGCUCCAUCUUUUUGGCGAACCAAGGGGCAGUUGAUGCAACUGGAGAGGGAAAGGUCCUCUCCUGGGACGAUGAGGCAGCUUUAUUGCAGGGAGAGAAAGAAGCUGAGAAGAUGAUUAUAGAAGCUUAUGCGGCUCUUCUUCUUGCAUUCCUUUCAACCGAAAGCAAGACCAUACGUGGUGCAAUCGCCCAAUGUCUCCCGGAUCACAGCCUGGCAAUUCUUGUUCCUGUGUUGGAAAGAUUUGUGGAAUUUCAUCUGACACUGAACAUGAUCUCGCCGGAGACCCACAAAACUGUGCUAGAAGUAAUCGAAUCGUGCAGGAUGGCGUGAAAAACAUUAGCGAUGGAGAAUUUGUACAGUCUUGACCUUUCUUUCCAAUCGAUAUCGAUUCUCUGUUACAAAAUGGCCUUAGGGGCAGGGAUUGUUGCUGCCCAACUCUCUGUGUGUGUGUCAAAUUAGCAGUAGGCCUCUCCUUAUAUUGUAGCCUGAAGAAUGAAGAAUGAUCUUUUUGGUUUGGAACUUUCCCUUUUCAUGUGCAUUUUUUCCCUACUUUCUCUAUCCUUUUUUUCACCAUAUUUGGUGUCGGCCUGAGAAUGCUUUGUGUAUACUAGAGUCAUAGUUGCUUUGUGAACUUGAUGAUUUGUAGCUUGCAUUAUUUUAUAGUAGCUUCCUUGUGUUGUCAUUGGUCA